AUGGACGCCGUGGCCCAGGCCGCCCCACGCCAGCUGAGGGCGUGCAGCUCUCUGGCCGACGGCACCGACACGGAGGAGGUGAAGCAGCUUCUGAGGCCCACCCCGCUGUCCGUGAGCGUCUGGCCGCUGAAUCUAGAGGCCGGCCGCGACUGGUGGCGCACGACCUUUCAUCAGCACCAUUACUUGAAAGGCGACCUCCAGCCCGGCGCGAGAGCCGUCCUGGUCCGCGAGACGGAGACGCAGACGCCCAUCGCUUUCCACAGCUCACGAUGGCGGAUCAUGUGUGGAGGAUUCAACGGUGGUAUCAGCUACCUGGAACACCGCUUGGUCGUCCUCCCCGAGUACCAGGGCUGGGGGCUGGGCCCCGCGCUGUCGGAGAAGAUGGGGCAGCUGCUCUUGAGUGCCGGGCGGCGCUUCUUUGCUACGACCUCCCACCCGCGGUUGCGAGACAGCAGGCAGAAACGUAAGGACCGGUGGAAGGAGACCGCGGCCAGUGGGUGCUUGGCGAAGCCGUCCAACUGGCGGGACAACCCCAGACGGUGCUGGCGCCGAGCGCGCUGGCGGAGGGCGCCGCCGAGGGCUGCCGGGGUUGCGGGCACCGGCUGCAGGGCCUGCCCGGCAGGCCGCCCCGGUGCGCGUGCGGCCGCCAGGCCCAGGCCGCCGGGGCGGCGCCGCGGCCCCGGGCGGCCAGCGUCGACGGAGGAGGCAAGCGCAGGCGCGUCUGGAGGUUCCAGUUCAUGGGAGGGAGCGGCGGCAACAACCACCUCACGGCGCACCUCCGGCGCAGGAGCGCCACCGCCAUGGAGGAGGCGGAGGCUGCCGAGGUGGAGGGCCUCGACGUGGCCGCCACGGAGGCCGACCAGGAGGCGGUCGCCGCGACGCCGGCGAAGAGGCCCCUGGACGAGGCGAAGGGGCAACAGGGCAGCGGCCAACGCCCCUGUAGGCCUCGGUCCUCGCACGUCGUGCCGCCGGGGAAGGCGGCAUGAGUUCCAUUCGGGGUGCGGCAAGCACGCAAAGCGCAGGAGGGCGAGCUCCUGGUAG